AUGUUUUGUGCUCACGCUUUGUUUGUUUUCUUUUCCCUGCUCACGAACAUCCAUUUGGUUCACUGGUCCGAUAAAUCCCGACCUCAGUGUCAUGUGGAAUGUGCUGCGGGUGGCUGUACCGGUCCGGCAGCCGAUCAGUGUUUGGGCGGAUGUCGUCAUUUUGCCACACAGAGCAGACAAUGUGUGGCAAAAUGUCCGCCGGGCACAACUCCUUUCGGAGCUCUUCGGAUUAGUAUAACUCAACAAGGUCUGUGGGAAAUUCACAAACGCGGUCGCAGUCGAACCAAACCCGGGUCCGUGUACCCCACCGGGUCCGCGUACGACACUGUUCUGUCCAGCCGAAUCCGCAUAAGUGACGUGCAAGAUCAGAUGCACGGUCUGACUAACAAUGUGGUCUGUCAGCCAUGCUGGUCUCUGUGUGCCGCUUGUGUGCGACCGUACACCGAAUACGAUUGUACAGCUUGUUCGAACGGUCGAUACUUGGUCCCACUGAUCACCCCGGAUGAAGGGGCGGCCACCGACGGCGUGGAAUCCGAUCUACUGUUGCGUAGUAUCUCGGAUGUUCAACUCCCGGUGGUUGCUGGCACCUGUCGUACAGAAUGUCCGGUCGGCUACUAUCCGAACAAAACGUCUUCGGUGUGUAAUCGUCUUCCUGUGUGUGUCACUAACCAAAGACUGGAAUGCACGUAUAGUUUUACGAUUGUGACUGUUGAAUUCGCCACAGAUGAUGCUUCGUUUGAUAUCCCCGUCCCCGGGAGCACAUCUCCUGACCUGAUCGAUCUGUCUAAUUCACCGCGUCACAGCCCCGUUGCCCGCGUUCGUGAUCCCAAUUCACCUCGCAUCGAGUGA